UGUUUAGGUAUUUGUUGAGGAGAGAAGUUCAAGACAGAAGAAGAUAUUUGAGGGUUUUGUUUGCUUGCUCUGCUCUGUUAACCCAAUGAAGAUGGAGAUUAUGCACAACUUGAAAUGGAUAUGUCGCCCCGUCUUUAAACAGGUAACUUCUCCUCCUUAUUCUUCAAAACUAUACAAAACCUCAUCUCAACACACACACAAACAGGAGAAAUCCCCUUCUCACACGUCACAGAAAUUUAAUGUUGUGCAUUUCAAUCAGUCCAUUAGUGCCCUCUGUAAAUCGGGAAACACAAACAAGGCCUGGGACCUUUUACAUUCAGCUAUAACUGACCGCCUUCCUCUCAAUGUCGUAUCAUUCAACUCGCUUUUAAGCGGCCUCGGAAACUCUGGUGAUAUCCGUAGAAUCAACUCUCUUCUUGCUGUAAUGAAAGAGAUGGAAAUACAUCCAGAUGUUAUCACUUAUACCACCCUCAUAAAGGUUUUGUGUAAAGAGGAUCAAAUUGAGGAAGCACUUGGGGCUUUGCACAGAAUGAGACGCGCUCAUUGCGUUCCUGAUAUUAUUACAUACAGCACCCUAAUUGAUGGGCUCUGCAAAAGAUGUAGAGUAGAUGAGGCUCUUGUUUUAGUUGCUGAAAUGAUACAAUCUUCCAUUUCUCCUAAUACUAUUACGUGCAAUACACUAAUUAAUGGUCUCUCCAAGGUGGGUAGGGAAGAUGAGGCUCUAAGGUUAGUGGCAGGAAUGGAAAAUAGUUACCGCUCUCCGGAUAUUGUUACAUAUACCACCUUGAUUGACGGUCUUUGUAAAGUAGAAAGAUUUGAUGACGCUUUGGGAUUAGUAGCCAAAAUGUUGCAAGAGGGCCGUUUUCUUGACAGAUACAUUUAUACUAGUAUGAUAGAUGGCUUUUGCAAGGCUAGAAAAAUUGACAAAGCCUGCAAUCUAUUUGUAAAAAUGAUGGAGUUUGGUCCUUUGCCUAAUGAAGUGACAUUUAGUGCAGUUAUUGAUGGACUGUGCAAAGAUGGCAGGAUGGACAAGGCUUGGGAUUGCUUUCAUGACAUGUCCAGAAAGGGUUUGCAGGUGAAUGUGAUUACUUAUAGUUCUUUGAUAUGCAGCCUAUGUAAACUGCAUGAGGUAGAAAAGGCUCAAAAGUUGUUUAAAAAUAUGCUAAGGCAGGGCUUCUCACCAGAUGUUAUUACUUACAACAUUCUAAUUGAUGGUUUAUGUCAGAGUAACAGGGAAAAAGAUGCAUUUACACUUAUUUCUGAGAUGCAAAACAGGGGACGUCUUCCUAAUGUAAUCACAUAUAAUACACUAAUACGUGCAUUCUGUAGAGCAGGAGAAAUGAACAUGGUAGGAAAGAUGUUAGAGGAGAUGGCAACAAGGGAUUUGAAACCUAACGAAGUGACAUACACCACAGUCAUUAAUGGUCUGUGCAAGGCAGGAGAUCUUUCUAGAGCACAUUCACACUUGAACAAGAUGCUAGAUGAAGGCUUGACGGCUGAUGUAGUCACUUAUAGCUGUCUGAUUGACGCCCACUGCAAAGUUAGUGAGAUGGAUAAGGCCUUUAAGUAUUUUCUAAACAUGAAAGUGGCUGGUAUUGCCCCAGAUGUUGUAACCUAUAGUAUAUUGAUUGGCUCUUUGUGCAAGGAAAACAAAAUUGAAAUGGCUUUCUCGAUGCUGAAUGAGAUGAGAAUAAAUGAUUUAGUUCCAAAUGUUAUCACAUAUAAUAAAUUUCUUUACACCUUCCGCCAAAGACAUGACCUUGAAAAUACCUUUCUGGUGAUGGAUCAAAUGAAGAAAGAAGGUUGUGCUCCAAGUGAUUCAACUGUCCGGAUACUUGACUGGCUGGUUAAAGUUGGUCAAAUGAAAAAAUUAAGAGACUUUGUAAAUGAUGAUUCUUUUAUUAUUUCUAGGGCUGCAUAGUUCUCAUCUCUUCUUGAGUGCUAGCCAUAUCACAAUGGCACUUGGAUAUAUAUUUUCGCAGCUCUAGAAAUUGAUAUUUAUUCAUUCGUCUCAGUGUUACUUAUGUACACAACCAUUCUUUUGUGUAAGGCUGGGAACGCUAUAAUGAUAAUUUGGAUUGGAACAUAAUUGAAUGGUUCCGCCCUAUAA